UCCUCUGGGGAGCCUCAACAACCUCACGAUGCUGACGAGGCAGAGAAGAGUCCCUCCAGAUCAGAACACCUCAAUAAACACCUGCAGAGAUCCACAGGGAAGAGAACUCACUGCUGCUCUGACUGUGGGAAGAGAUUCACCUCAUCAGGCAUUAAAAUUCAUCAGAGAAUCCACACAGGAGAGAAACCUUAUAGCUGUGGGCAAUGUGGGAAGAGUUUUACCUCAUCUAGCUGUCUGACUAAACACCAGAGAACACACACAGGAGAUAAACCUUACAGCUGUGAUCAAUGUGGGAAGAGUUUUGCUGCAUCUAGAUGUCUGACAGUGCACCAGAGAACACACACAGGAGAGAAACCUUAUAGCUGUGUCAAUGUGGGAAGAGUUUUUACCUCAUCUAGCAGUCUGACUAAACACCAGAGAGCACACACAGGAGAUAAACCUUAUAGCUGUGUUCAUUGUGGGAAGAGUUUUGGUCAUUCUGGCUCUCUGACUCAACACCAGAGAAUACACACAGGAGAGAAAUCUUAUAGCUGUUAUCAAUGUGGGAAGAGUUUUGCUACAUCUAGCUGUCUGACUAAACACCGGAGAACACACACAGGAGAGAAACCUUAUAGCUGUGGUCAAUGUGGGAAGAGUUUUGGUCGAUCUGGCUCUCUGACACAACACCAGAGAAUACACACAGGAGAGAAACCUUACAGCUGUGAUCAAUGUGGGAAGAGUUAUGGUCGAUCUUGCCAUCUGACUCUACACAAGAGAACACACACAGGAGAGAAACCUCAUAGCUGUGUUCAGUGUGACAAGAGAUACUUUGAUAAAAGAUCUCUGAUUAAACAUCAGAAAAUACAUGGAGUUGUUUCAUGAAUUCAAUGAAAUGAUGUCACAAUGU